AUGUGCACUGCUCUGAGCCCAAAGGUACGCAGUGGACCUGGCCUUUCUGAUAUGCAUCAGUAUAGCCAGUGGCUGGCCAGCAGACAUGAAGCUAAUUUGCUGCCGAUGAAAGAAGAUCUGGCCUUGUGGUUAACCAAUCUGUUAGGGAAGGAAAUUACGGCAGAGACUUUUAUGGAGAAGUUGGAUAAUGGUGCCUUGCUCUGUCAGCUUGCAGAAACUGUGCAGGAGAAAUUCAAAGAAAGCAUGGACACGGCCAAGCCCACCAAGAAUCUACCCUUGAAGAAGAUUCCAUGCAAAGCCAGUGCACCCUCAGGCUCCUUUUUUGCCAGAGACAAUACAGCAAAUUUCUUAUCCUGGUGCCGAGAUUUAGGAGUAGAUGAAACAUGUCUAUUUGAAUCGGAAGGUUUGGUCCUCCACAAGCAACCCAGAGAAGUGUGUCUCUGUUUGCUAGAGCUUGGCCGGAUUGCAGCCAGGUAUGGUGUGGAGCCUCCUGGUUUGAUAAAAUUGGAAAAAGAGAUAGAACAAGAAGAAACACUCUCCGCCCCUUCUCCUUCACCUUCUCCUUCUUCAAAGUCUUCUGGAAAAAAGAGUACAGGAAACUUAUUGGAUGAUGCAGUGAAGCGGAUUUCUGAAGAUCCUCCUUGCAAGUGCCCAAGCAAGUUCUGUGUGGAGAGGCUCUCUCAAGGAAGAUACCGUGUGGGAGAGAAGAUCCUUUUUAUUAGGGGUCUUCAUGGUUGUGACUAUGUCUCCAUAGCCAAAGCAAAGCAGACGUUGAAGAUGCUGCACAACAAGCAUGUUAUGGUCCGCGUGGGAGGAGGAUGGGAAACUUUUGCAGGGUAUUUGUUGAAACACGACCCCUGCCGGAUGCUGCUGAUAUCCCGUGUGGAUGGCAAGACAUCCCCCGUCCAGAGCAAAUCUCCAACCCUUAAGGACAUGAAUCCAGAUAAUUACCUGGUGGUCUCUGCCAAUUAUAAGGCUAAGAAGGAAAUGAAGUGA